AUGGCGGUUUCCAUAUUGUCGCCUCUGGCGAUCGUUUUUCUGUUGCUUUCGGGUCUCUUUGCUGUCAAUGCCACAAAUUCCACAAAGUUUACGCCAGAAGCUAUGCUCAGCGCCCCACGGCGAGGCACUGCAUUACCCAAUUCUGAAGGGACGCUGGCACUGUAUACACUUUCCACUCAUAGUUUCGAGACUCAUAAAAAUGCUCAUGGUCUUUAUCUCAUGGACAUAUUAAAUGGCACAUCCUGGCUUUUCACCAAUUCCAGCGCCAUUGGUGAAGCUACCUGGUUAGGUGACGGAAAUACCAUAUUGUGGACUGUAUCUGAGGAUGACGGGACCAUGAGUUUAUUGGUUGGUGAUGCAACGGCACCGAGUGCUGAACCAAUAUCUGCUGGUUCUGUACCAGGUUCAAUCAGUGGUAUCAAACUUGUUGAGAUCAGCAACGGCACUUUUGGUGUCGCAUUUUCUGGCACAGCUGCUCCGAAUGGCACAUUAUAUAAUUCGGCACUGGCGGAGACGCCGGUCUCGACGGGCAGAAUGUAUACCCAGAUCUUCGUCCGACAUUGGGAUACCUACCUCACACCCCAAAGAAACAGCAUCUGGUACACCACACUUUCAGCCACGACAACGAACGGGACUGCAGGCUAUACACUUGGCGAUCCAGUCAAUGCUCUCAAUGGCACUGGUAUGGAGUCGCCUACCCCGCCAUUUGGUGGCACAGAUGAAAGUUACGACAUCUCCACUUAUGGACUUGCCUUCAUCGCCAAGGACAUCACCCUGAACCAGGCCACAACCACAAAGUCGGAUGUCUACUUUGUUCCAUUAACCACAUUCCAAGAGCCAGCACCUGAACCCCAAAUUGUCAGCACUCCUGGCAUCGAGGGUGCAUCAGAUGGAGUUGUGUUCUCGCCUUGUGCUCCGUCCAUUGCUUUCGUCCGUCAAAAAGGCAUCUCGUAUGAGAGCGACAAAAAUCGAAUCUUCUUAGUUUCGGACGUCACAAAGGACCUUACAGCAACCGAGUUCUAUUCUUCAGAGGAUGGGCUCGGAGCUUGGGAUCGAAGUCCAGGAGCAGUCUUCUGGAGUCAAGAUGGGAAGACGAUCUAUGCGGAAGCUGAGGACUAUGCUCGUGUGAGAUUGUUCAGUCUUCCAGCUGAUCCUAGAGAAGCAACUGAGCUUCCAAACUUAAUCUUCAAGGACGGCGCAGUUUCAGAUGUGAGGUUUUUAGGCAAUGAUAAACUGCUCAUCAGCAGUACGAGCUUCAUUGACAACUCGCUUUACUUCGCCGUCGACCCUACUGCGUCAGCUGCAACGAAUGCUUCUUCCGGUAUCAAUUUAAUGUCUGCAAAUCUCGGCAACGGUACUAAUUACGGUCUAUCCAAGAGCCAAGUUUCUGAAGCCUUCUACAAAGGCGAUGGUGAUUACUUGGUACACACAUGGAUCAUUCGACCAUCCUUCUUCAACGAGAAUGAAACUUACCCGCUCGCUUUCUACGUUCACGGCGGACCUCAAGGCUCAACAGACGACGCCUGGUCCACCCGCUGGAACAUGAUGGUUUACGCCGAACAAGGCUAUGUCGUUGCAGCCUUCAACCCUACCGGCUCUUUCGGCUUCGGCCAGAACCUAACCGAUGGGAUCCAGAACCAGUGGGGCGGUCGUCCUUACAAUGAUCUCGUCCUUGGCUGGGAUUACAUCUCCGAAAAUAUUCCAUAUGUAGACACCAACCGCUCGAUGGCUCUUGGGGCCUCGUAUGGAGGCUACAUGAUGUACUGGAUCCAAGGCCACGACUUGGGUCGAAAAAUGAAAGCCAUCUUCGCCCAUGAUGGGUCCUUCAACACGCUAUCCCAAUACUCAUCCGAAGAACUCUGGUUCAUGCAACACGAUUUCAACGGUACGCUCUGGGAGAACUGGGAUAACUACGCGCGCUGGAAUCCUGCAAAUCACACCGAUCAAUGGGCUACUCCUCAACUGAUCGUACAUAAUGAGUUGGAUUACAGGUUACCGAUUGCGGAGGGAUUGGCAGCUUUUAAUAUUCUGCAAACGAAGGGUGUUCCGAGUAAAUUCUUGAGCUUCCCGGAUGAAAAUCAUUGGGUUUUGAAUGCGGAGAAUAGUUUGGUCUGGCAUAAGACGGUGCUUGAUUGGUUGAAUGGGUAUGUGGGGUUGCCGAAGUAUAGUCAGCCGGGUGAUGAAGAUUUCAGGGCUACGUUGAUGAAUGGGCCUUGGAUUUAUUGA